CGCGCUUUUGCUGCUAUUCCCUACACAUGAGUCCGCGAAAAAACGUAGCAUCGACAGUCCCACAGCUAACGUACACAUUUGACAAAAUCGUCCCCUCCGGCAGGCGUGCACUUUGACUGCUCCCUGCUCCCAAUCUGAACCGUCCCCUGUUUUUCCUCCUCCUCCUCCAACCUGCAAUUCUCUGUUCUUGAAAUUGCCCAAUUCGCACGAAGUUUUCCAGAUCCCUCUCUCUAAAAGGUCGACAUGUUUAUGGGCUUUCGAUCUCUUGAACUCGGAGUAGCUGGCUCUCUCGAUUACACGAGUGCCUCCUGAUCUGCUGGAAACAAAUGAGGAUUUGGCUCCUCUUAUGGCUGGUCUUAAUACUCGCGCAAACCAACCCCUUCAGCAUAGGCAGGAUUUUGGUUUCGGGCCAGUGUCUUGGCGAUCAUCAGAAAUCGCUGUUGCUGGAAUUGAAGAAUAGCCUCAACUUCAACGCUUCUUUGUCCGCGAAAUUGGUGACAUGGAAUCAGAGCAAUGAUUCUUGGGACGGCGUGACCUGCGAAGGUGGCCAAGUGACGGGUCUUGAUCUGAGCUUCGAGAGCAUCACCGGUGGACUUAACGACUCAUCGAGUCUUUUCAGGCUCAAUAAUCUUCAGAGGCUGAAUUUGGCUUACAACCGCUUCCCAUCUUUGGAGAUUCCAUCUGGGUUCAGUAAUCUCACCAAUUUGGUCUUCCUGAAUCUUUCAAAUGCCGGAUUCGCAGGACAGGUUCCAAUUGGAAUAUCACGUUUGACAAGGUUGGUUACUCUUGAUGUAUCCCUGAUUUAUUUUCCUGGGCUCACUUCACUGAAACUCGAGAAUCCGAAUCUAAAGAUGCUUGUUGGGAAUCUUAGCGAGCUGAGAGAGUUGUACCUUGACGGAGUGAACGUGUCUGCUACAGGCAACGAAUGGUGCAAUGCCUUGUCUUCUUCGCUGCCGAAACUUCAAGUGCUGAGCAUGAUGAAUUGUUAUUUAUCAGGUCCCAUCGAGUCUUGCUCUUCCCUCGUGAAUCUUGAGUUGCUGUCGGUGAUUAAAUUGGACGGCAAUAUUCUGUCCAACACGGUCCCGGAGUUCUUUGCCCAAUUCUACAAUUUGACUACACUGCAUCUCAGUUCUUGUGGCCUGCAGGGAGAAUUUCCUCAAAAAAUCUUCCGGGUACAAACACUUCAGAUCCUUGACCUAUCAUUCAACCAACUUCUUCGGGGUUCUUUGCCAGAAUUUCCAGAGAAUAGUUCUCUUCAGACACUGGUUCUUAGUUUCACAAAUAUUUCCGGGAGGCUCCCAGAUUCAAUUGUUAAUCUCAGAAAUCUGUCAAGAAUAGAAUUGGUGAAUUGCAGCUUUGAUGGAAAUAUCCCAACCUCUUUCACCAAUCUUUCGCGCCUGUCUUAUUUGGACUUCUCAUUCAACAAUUUUACUGGUUCUAUUCCAUCACUCAGCAACUCCAAGAAUCUGACACAAAUCACUUUGUCUCACAAUAAUCUGACUGGUCGGAUUGAUUCAACCCAAUGGGAAUCCCUUUUGAGUCUUCUUAUUCUCGACCUGCGAUUCAAUUUACUGAAAGGAAAUAUUCCUUCAUCUCUGUUCACACUUCCAUCGAUUCAGAAGCUUCAACUUUCCAACAACCAAUUUUCUGAUCAAGUGAAGGAAUUUUUUAACGCGACAUUGCACAAACUGGAUACACUUGAUUUGAGCAAUAACAACAUAGGAGGAGAACUACCGAAGUUUAUAUGGAAACUCCGAGAGCUCAAGUACCUCUCACUUUCUUCCAAUAAUUUCAGUGGCUCAUUCCACAUUAAUUUGGUUCAGCAACUGAGAAAUCUUUCGUAUUUGGAUCUUUCCUACAAUCGUUUUUCCAUUAAUGCCACUGCUUCCCAGGCGUCUUCAUUCCCUGACCUAGGAACUUUAAAGUUGGCUUCUUGCCAGUUGAGGACUUUUCCUGAGUUCCUGGCUGAGCAACACAGAUUGGUAUAUCUAGACCUCUCUGACAAUCAAAUUCAGGGCAAGAUACCGAAAUGGAUAUGGGAGGUUCAAAAUCUUACGUAUCUCAAUCUUUCGUCUAAUUUACUAGACGAUAUUGAAACACUGCCACCUAAUCUUACUUCUACUCUGUCAGUUCUUGACCUCCAUAAGAACAGGCUCCGUGGACAAACGUUGCCACUGCCACCAUUUGCCACAUACAUGGACUUCUCGGGAAACAACUUCACUUUGGUCAUUCCACCUGCUAUCGAUACGAGCCUUUCAGUGGCAAUAUUUUUCUCCCUGUCCAAUAACAGUUUCCAGGGGUUUAUCCCGAUAUCAAUUUGCGAAGCUGGAUAUCUCGAGGUGCUCGACCUAUCUCAUAAUAAAUUGACGGGAAAUAUACCUGGUUGCUUAGUGAAGGAGUCUCUCAAGGUAUUAAAUCUGCGAAGUAAUACCUUGGAUGGUAGCAUUAUCAAUUUCCCAGUAACAUGUGGUUUGAAGACUUUGGAUCUCAGCCUUAAUAUGUUACAAGGGAAGGUUCCAGAGUCAUUGGCAAAUUGCAGAACUCUGGAGGUUUUAGACGUUGGAAACAACCAGAUUGAUGACGUUUUUCCAUGUCAAUUGAAGAACAUUUCAAGUCUACGUGUCCUUGUUUUACGAUCCAACAAGUUCCAUGGAGGGGUUGGAUGUCCAGAGACUAGUGGCACUUGGAAGAUGCUUCAAAUUGUAGACAUAUCUUCCAACAAUUUCAGUGGCCCUCUGCCUGCUAAAUGCCUUGCAACUUGGGAGGCUAUGAAGGCUAAUCUAGACAUCAAUCAUAUCCAAUAUCCAUUCCUUCGCUUGACGGGACUCUAUUAUCAGGACACAGUAAGCGUUACCAUCAAAGGUCUGCAAGUGGAGCUGGUGAAGAUAUUGACUCUUUUCACUUCAAUCGACUUCUCAUGCAACAAUUUAGAAGGUCCAAUACCUGAUACUCUGGGAGAUCUCAAAGCGCUUUACGUCCUCAACUUAUCAACAAAUGCAUUCUCAGGGCCAAUUCCUCCGUCCCUAGGAAACUUGCGACAGCUUGAGUCCUUGGACCUUUCACAGAACGACCUCAGUGGGACAAUUCCCACACAGCUUUCGGACCUUACUUUUCUUUCCUUCCUGGACCUCUCAUACAAUAAACUUGUGGGAAGCAUCCCAGCGGUCAAACAAUUUCUCACCUUUUCCGCAAAUUCCUUCGAAGGCAAUAGCGGAUUGUGUGGACCACAGCUGGGAACAAAUUGCUCAGAUACCAACAGCUCUGACCAUCGGAAGAAUGAUUCUGAUGGUUGGGGAAGCAUUAAUUUUCAGUUCAUUCUUGUCGGUUUGGGGUUUGGGGCAGGCGCUGCGGUGGUUGUUGCACCCCUCACCUUUUGGAAGACAGGCCAACAAUGGUAUGACGAUCAAGUGGAUAAGCUCCUCGAGGUGGUUCUUCCGAUGAUGGGAUUUACGUACACAAGGCAUCAUGAUGACAACUUUGAGGGAGACGAAGCUUUCGAAACCAGCAGCACAGCUGUCUUAAGCGGCUAUGGUGGCAAUGAAUUUGAUGAAGAAGAGGAAGAGGAAGAGGAAGGAUCUUGGGGAAGGUAUUGUGUGUUCUGUUCCAAGCUAGACCUCAGUGUGAAGAAAGUCAUACAUGAUCCAAAGUGCACAUGCUACGACUCACCACCCAUGUCUUCUUCUUCCUCCUAUUCAUCCUCAUCUUCUUCAUAGGCACUUUCUUGGUCUCUACUCUGAGCUUUCUUUGCUUGCCUUAAUUUUCUUUGCAUCCUGUAUAUAACACAAAUACCAUAGUCAAUGGUGUUGAGGACAGAACAUGGGAUUUCCUCGGUACGUAUAUAAAUGAACAGCAGGGAUGAAGCUUCCCGUGUGCCGCUCCGCAUUUGCUGGCAAUCCAAUGCGGGGUAAGUCGAUAGGAAUCUUCUCUCGGUCAUUUUGUCGAACA